CGUCAGCUUAGUAUAUUUGUUUUUCGCGUUAUGUGGUUAUGAGUUUGGAUGAGUAAUUUGUAGUUUAACUGAAAGAUUUCUUUACUGACUGAGUUAAACAGUUUUCAGUUUUAUAAAUAUGAGAUCGAGAUUUAUUAAUUGUGUAGCAUUAUAGUAGACGUUAAACAGUAUGCGACGCGGGCAUAUUAAUGAAUCGUAUGCUGAAUAUGACAGAAAUUCGGUAGAAGAAGAAAACGAAUAUUUGGUAGAUGGCCUGAAAACGAAAAUCACUGCUUUGAAGUCGUUGUCCAUUGAUAUUGGUCAUGAAGUACGAAGUCAGAAUCAAGUCCUUAGGGAAAUGGAUGAUGAUUUUGAUUCCACAUCUGGUUUUCUAUCUUCUACUAUGGGCAGAGUGGUAAAGCUUGCUAAAGCUGGACAUAAUCGAUAUAUUCUGUACCUGCUGCUGUUCUCUUUCUUUGUGUUUGGUGUUAUAUAUGUGAUACUGAAAUUUCAAUGAUAUUUUUGUUUAUACAAAUAUUUCCAGUUGAUGAAUUCAUAUUUUAAAUAUACAAUUCCACACCUUACAAAAUGUUCAAUAAAGAUUUCUUUUUUUUUAGAA